AUGAUUGGAGGACUUCUUGGUGUGACACCUUUGAUUGGAAAUCGUGCGACAAAGAAGGCUGUGCUUCAAGCAAUACAUUCAGUGAGUUUGAUCCAUUUAGCUGCCCAUGAUGCUGAACCAGGAGAGAUUGUCCUUUCCCCAGAGCGUCCCGCUCACUGUUUUCCACAAGAAGAAGCCUACCUCUUGACGAUGGCGGACAUUUCACGAAUUAAGCUGCGAGCUAAACUGGUGGUACUAAGCUGUUCUCACAGUGCACAUGGACAGAUUAAAGCCGAGGGAGUUAUUGGAAUCGCUCGAGCGUUCUUAGGAUCCGGUGCUCGCUCAGUGUUGGCGGCACGGUGGGCCUUAGAUGACACAGCCACAGAGAAGUUCAUGACUUGUUUCUACGAGCACUUGUUCCGCGGUGAAAGCGCCAGUGAAUCUCUUCACGAAGCCAGGAAAUGGAUGAGAAACAAUGGCUUUGAAGAAGUCUCUAAGUGGGCUCCUUUUAUGCUGAUUGGCGACAACGUGACAUUUGAUUUUGGAAAUUGGCCUGUGUCGUCCACUGAACCAAAUAACCAUGAGUCAAGUGAGACCCUGGUAAAUAAGUGUAUUGGACUGAAGUAAGGCUCAUAACUGUCAAUUGCCACCGUGUAAUAAGAAGAAGCCAUCUGCGAAAGACAUCUGCGAGCCUGAACUUGCGGUAAUCAGUUGUUGUCACUGCACAUCGUGUUUGUAAGGAAUCAGGAGCGUAGCCACCUUUUGGACUUGUUGCAGGCCUGUUCUCCAAGGAAGUUUAAUUUUAGUUUCAACAUUUGCAAGAGCCAUAUUAUAAAAGUCAAACAGGCAGAAAAAAAUUGUAGGCCCAGGCUAACGGGUUUAUAGGCUGGCUACACUACCAAACUUUUAACAAUCUGGACCAAGACAGUUCAUAAAGUAGUGUUUAUCAACGUUUUACUC